AAGUACAUUGCAGCACUGCAACAGCAUCGAACGGGCAUCAUAUCGCAAGCAGUCCUUAAGCGAAGUAGUUUUUGUCGUGAAAAGGAAAUAUUUAUUAGUUUGUCGUUGAUUUGGAUAAAGACUCGGUAGUUUAUAUCGUUGCACAUAAUGUGUUGCUAAAUUUUUCAAGUAUUUACAUAAGAUAAACGCAGAGAACAGCUUGUGAAGUGAGCUACAAACGACAGUUUGAAAAUUGUUUUCUUUCGUAAAGGUCGUCAGUCUGUUCGUUAGCUGCGUAUUUUUGUCUAUUUUUGUAAAGAGGAUUUAAAAUGGCGACAUUUCGCAUUCAUGAGGAUGUUGAAAACUCUAAUCCAAAUAAAGUUACUUUGAUUCCAUCUAAAUUAAAUGAAAAACGCAAUACAUUCGCUGUUUUAAACAAUGUUCAGCGUGGAACAAAGACGCAUGCGUUGAAAACGGGUGUCGAUUUGCCAGUGACAAAAACAAAAGUUUUCAAUGACGAAAAUGCAGCUCCUAAGGACGCCUUCGUUCCGGUUGAUAAAUUCAAAGCGUUCACUGUUGUUAGUGGAGCAAAUAAAAAUGUUUCUGCUUCGGAAUCGAACGAUGAUUCCGCGAAAAUGGAAACGAUCCAAAAUACAUCCACUUUCAGAUGUUCUUCCAGACAACCACUACAGGAACUUCCCAAUGACAUCGAAACGCCAUUGUCCAUAUCGGACAUGAUAUCGCCAAUGUCGAUUGAAAAGUCGAUCAUAAUUGAGGAACCAUCGAAAAGUGUCAGUACUUUCCGCGAGCGCUUUUUCGAAGUGGAAGAGUACCAAACCGACAUUCUACACUAUUUACGCGAAGCUGAAUCUCGAAAUCGUCCCAAAUUUGGCUACAUGCGCAGACAGCCCGAUAUCAACAAAUCGAUGAGGACCAUCUUAAUCGACUGGUUGGUAGAAGUUGGUGAAGAAUAUAAGCUACAUGGCGAGACACUGUGCCUGGCAGUCACGUACAUUGACCGUUUUCUGAGUUUAAUGUCGGUGGUUCGGGCUAAGCUGCAAUUGGUAGGAACUGCUGCCAUGUUCAUUGCUGCAAAAUACGAGGAAAUUUAUCCGCCAGACGUAAACGAAUUCAUUUACAUCACCGAUCACACUUACUCAAGAAUCCAAGUGUUCAGAAUGGAAAAUCUUCUGCUCAAAGUCUUACAGUUCGACCUGUCUAUACCGACAGUAUACACAUUCCUAAACAGCUACACUACGAUAUCCAAAAUGACUGAUGAAUGCAAAUUCCUGGCAAUGUAUCUAUGCGAAUUGUCGCUGUUGGAAACGGAUCCUUAUCUACAAUACAUGCCGUCCAGAAUAUCAGCUGCUGCGAUUGCAUUAGCUCGUCACAAUUUGAAUCUACCGAUUUGGUCGACGAAUCUGGAAGAAAUUACGGGAUAUUCAUUAGACGAUUUGAAAGAAGUCAUUUUCCACUUAAGUAAUACGCAUAUGGCGUCGGUGGAUUUACCACAACAAGCCAUCCAGGACAAAUAUAAGGCUUCGAAGUACAAAGAAGUGUCCACAAUGCAACCGAUUCAAAUGAACGACGGCCUAUACAUUAUCGCUGUAAUGCGAAUGAAAGAUGAAAUCGAAAAGGAAGCUCACAAUAAACACAAUAACGAUAACGUACGGAAAAUCACAUCGACUCUGCAUUCCCUUUAAGGGGUAGUACAGGGAAAUUUCAAUCGGUGUGAAGUAGCAUGUGUGAAGUUGGUUGUUAAUUUUGUUUCUUUUUAAUAAUUUUGCUUACCAACAUUGUGGGGAAAAACCAACAAAUUGUCAAAUAGGAUCUGAUUUUGAAUUGAAUAUAUUGAUGAGCUGAACCACACGCAACUUAAUAAAAUGAGUUGCUACCUAUAUUGACGACGUAGUUUUUAUUAGUGAAUUACAGAUCAGCUUAUCAGAAUAUUCAGAAAUAAAAAUUGAGAAAAACAAAAACAAAAAAAAUUUGCGUUGUGUAUCUGAACGGCAACCGUUUCAUUUUUGACUUAGAAACUUAGCUUAAUUUAACUGUAAUUCCGUGUGACCUUUUAAACUAAUCAUUAGCGCUUAGGCAAUUAGAGAUUAUUUCCGGAUUACGCGUCGUUUAAACGAAACAGAAGCGAAAAAGCGAGUUAUUCAUUUUUGAAUAGCCCAUAAGACACAUAUGUUCCACUUAAAUUGAUUAUUCCAUUUUCCAAUAUUAAUGUCAGCUUAGUAUUAUGCUGUUCUAUUAUGCAUUGUACAGUUAAUUUAUUAUCGCAAAGUUUAAAAUAUUUUUUUUUAAAUGAAAAAAAAAA